AUGCAAGAGGAAGAGCUUCAGAGGCAAAGAGAAGAAGUCCAACAGAGUGCAGCCGAAGUGAAGAAACAGCAGGAUGAACAGCACCAGGUGCAGGAACGCCUCCGGAGGGAGGCCGAGCAAGCUCAGCAAGCAGCUCAGCUGCAACGGGAAGCUGACACUUUGAAGCACGAAAAGGAGGUAGCCAAUCUGAAGGAGCGCAUGGCUUCUCUUCAGCUCGAGCUGAGCAGCGCCACGCAGAUGGGGCAGCCCGCAUCACCGCAGCUGGAAGCAAGCUAUUUGGAACAGCUCUUGCAACGUUUGGGUCCAGCUGAAUCAAGGUCAGCUGAUGUGGAGCGUGAAGCCAGGGAAAGGGCUCAGAGGGAUGCGGACUUGCAGAACUUGCGCGAGGCCUGCAAAAGAGAAGAGGCCCAGGUGGCUGAGCUGAAGGCCGAAGUGCAAAAGCUACAACAAGCUGAGUCAAGCAAGGCUGCUCCAGUUAUGCAAAUGCCCCAGCAGUUGCUACAAACAUUGGAGCAACUUGUCGAGCGACUUCCGUUGCCGGCUUCUGCAGCGGGAGGCAUGGAGGGCCGGCAGGAACCGAGUCAGGAUGCGGUGUUGCCUUCGCCCUCCGCCACUGAGCAGGUGCAAAGCGAUAUGGUGCAACAGCUGCAGACCCAGCUGUCCUUGCAAGCGAAGGAGCUCUCCAGGCUUCAGGAGGAGCAAGUCCGACAGCAGUCCCUGGCAGAGCUGGAGAAGAAAAGGCUCCAGGCUGAACUGGAAACUAUGCGGUCGCAAAUGGCAGACUUGCGGCACAUACCUACCAGCCAGCUGAUCAAG